CAUUGUUAUUGCUGGUUACAACUUGCAGAGCCAGCAGGGUGAGCGCUGCCUCCUGCCUCUUUGUAGCUUCCUCAUUCCUAAAGCCGAAGAACUCUCUGUGAUAGGCAGGCAGCUCCUUGAUCACAGGCUCAGGGGGCUGGAGGGGACGUGUGGCUUGUGAUCUGGAUUCUGGACUAGCUAACUCUUGUGGUGCUGGCGACUUGUUAGAGUUUGAGACAACUAGUGCCCGUGGUGCAGUGAUCUUUAGGACUUGUGAGAACUUUGUGAUCAGUACACAAUGUCACAGUUUCCUUCCCUGUGGCUGGUACUGACAAUGCUGCCUUCCUUACUCUCUGAGCCUAUUCCAAGGAUCACCUUCUCAUACGGUGACCCCCGCAGAGCUAUCAGCACCUUUAGACUGGACAAUGUUAUGAAUUAUGAUCAGUUGCUCCCCAGCCAUGAUGGGAAGUAUCUUUACGUGGGUGCCAGAGACUACAUUUUAUCUUUCCACACUGACCAAAUGGGGAUAUUACAGCCCGGGAAUCAGAUACCCUGGCCUCCCAGUGAAAACCAGAUUGGCAGCUGUAUAAUGAAGGCAAAAAGCAAAGAGACCGAGUGUUUUAACUUCAUCCGUGUUCUGGUUCAGAUGAAUAGCUCCCAUUUAUAUACUUGUGGAACCAACGCAUUCAGCCCUAUAUGCACUACUGUUGAUCUGGAUACUUUUUCUAUGCCUAAAAAAGCAGAUGGAGAAGUGUUGGUCACUGAUGGGAAGGGACAGUCACCCUUUGACCCAAAGCACAAACACACUGCUGUUUUAGUAGAUGGGGAGCUGUACACUGGGACUAUGUAUAACUUCCAAGGAAAUGAACCCAUUAUUGUGCGCAAUUUGGGCAGCCGACCCGGUCUGAAGACGGACGCAUCCCUGGGCUGGCUGCAUUCGGAUGCUUCAUUCGUGGGUUCUUACGACACUCAGGGUCCCCCUGCGGAUAGAAAGGUCUAUUUCUUCUUUGAGGAAACUGCAAGAGAGUCUGACUUCUUUGAGAAAUUGAAAGUGUCUCGGGUUGCCCGUGUCUGCAAGAAUGAUAUUGGAGGAGAGAAGGUCCUGCAGAAGAAAUGGACCACAUUCCUGAAAGCCCAGCUCCUCUGCUCCAACCCUGAUUAUUUCCCAUUCAAUGUCAUGCACCACGUGGCUUUGCUGCACCCAGAAGACCCGACACACAGCAUGUUCUAUGGCGUGUUCAGCUCCCAGUGGCAGGGGAGGGGCUUUAGCAGCUCUGCAGUCUGUGCCUAUAAGCUAACAGAUAUUGAAAAGGUCUUCAAUGGGAACUACAAGGAGCAGAACAAAGAGAGUUCUCGAUGGACCACUUACACAGGCACCGUGUCCAGUCCACGCCCUGGGAGUUGCUCAGUGGGUUCAUCCUCAGAUAAGGAUCUGACCUUCAUGAAGGAUCAUUUCCUGAUGGACCAGAAAGUCACUUCGGUUGGUGGUCAUCCAUUGCUGAUUAAAGAGAACGUCCAGUAUACUAGGAUAGCUAUUGCUACAACUCAAGCUGUCUCAAGACUUAACUACACCGUGAUGUUCCUUGGAACAGACAGAGGGGCUAUUCACAAGGCUGUGAUUGUGAAUAACAGCAGCAAAUCCCAUAUCAUAGAGGAACUGGUGCUCACACCCAAUUCAGAGCCCAUACAAAGUUUGCUCCUAGCACCAAACAAGGAAAUUCUCUAUGUUGGAAGUUCUACUGGAAUCCAUCAGUUCCCCCUUGCCAACUGCAGCACAUACAGCAACUGUUUUGACUGCAUUUUGGCCAGAGAUCCUUAUUGUGCCUGGGAUGUGAAGAACCAACAGUGCCAAAGGGUUCACUUAGAGAACAAUGACAGCCAUGACCAUUGGCUGCAGGACAUUGAAACAGGAAACCUGAAUACCACCUGCCUAAAAAGAAAGCUGUCAGGCAGAACAGGAGGACCAACACAGGACUUAGAUACUGUGUCAGUGAAAGCCAUUAACUACACCGUCCCAUACAACAGAAUUCUGAAGCUUCACUGCCCCCAACUGUCAGCUUUGGCAAACUACAGCUGGAGUUACCCCAACAUGAUAGCUUCAGAGAAGCAUCUUGUUAUCUCCAAGGAUACCCUGGUGUUGGUUGUUAGAGGUGUCACAUUAGGACUGUAUGAAUGCUUUGCUGUUGAAAAUGGCUUUAGGUACAAGGUGGCUCGAUAUUGGGUAAAGGAUCCAAGUGGUGUAGAUGUCAGCCAUACAGAUUACACAAACAAUGGGGAUGAGAGCAACAAGGCACUUGAUGGAGAAAAUGGACAGAUGUUUCCCUUCAGCAACACAGAAAAUUACUAUGCCCAGUUUGUUGUGGUAACUGUGCUGUUGUCCUUGACUCUAUGUGGCAUCUUGGUGCUGGCUCUGUACACCUGGCGUGACAAAAUAAAGGCAAAGAGCAAAAUACAGGGAUGCAGCACCCCAGAAAAUGAAAAACUGGCCAACAAAGAAAGAACCCCGCUUAAUGGGACCUAUGCAAAUAUUGGAAACCUCACUGGGCAAUGUUGUGGUAAUAUUUCUAAACCUGAAGAUAAAAGGGACUUAGAUAACAACAGCAUGAACCUUAUGACCCCUAAUGGAGGGGCAUCUGCAGACCCUGGCCAGGAAAAUGUCUGAGUUCAUUGUUUUUGACUGUUGAAUCUUUCUACUUGUUUGAUUGUUAACUACUGAGGGCUAUUAUAUUACUUCUUCGGUCACUGGCUUGCAUAAGAAAGGCUUAAUGUAAUACAUUCCACAAAAAGAGCGCUUCUGGGAUCAGUAAUAUGGAGAAGAAUAAAAUGGACAUUGUAAGUCUUUCAAAGGAGAGCUACUUCCAUUAACAGUGACCUACAAAUGGCACACAGACUAAAGUGAGAGCAGAUACUGAAGAGUAUUUACUCUUUUUUUGUUUUGUUUUUUAUUUUGUUUUGCUAAUUCCUUUUAUAAUGUGAAAACGGAUGCAAACAAGCUCUGCCUACGUACAUUUCAUAUUUGGGUUUGCACCUUAUUUAAGAUGUUAGAGCCCAAGACUGCAACAACAGAAAGUGGAACAAGAGUCACUGUCUAUACAGCAUGCUGGUUGGGCUGGAUUUCUCAAAAAGCCAAGAGUGCCUAGACUGCAGGAAAUGAAGCAAAAACAGUGAAACGUCUCCUCACCUGCACAGUUUGCCACCCCUGUCACACCGACCCUCCUUCUAUCUGUCUCUUAUAACUCUUUCCAUCUCCCUCUCCUGUUCCCUACUGUCUCUGGUUCUCUAUGAUUCCUACUUCUCUCCACUCAACAUUCUUUUUUUUUUAUCUCUCCCCUUCCCAUUGUUUUCUUCACUUUUUCUCAAUCUCUCUUCUUUGUGUCCCACCUCAAGUUCCUGUCUCAAUAUCUUUGCUCUGCUUUCUUUCUCCCUUGCCAUUCCACCCUUCUUUUUUAUUCUCUCAUCUCUUUCCAUACUUCUGCUACCGUUUGCACAUGUAUAUAAUCUUUACUCUCCUCUUCCUUAGUUUGAGGUAAAACGCAUAAGUUACAUGUGUUGAUGCUGGUGUCCUGGUUUCAAUUUCUGUGGAGAAACUGGACCUGAGAUCAUUUCACUGGUGGAACCUACAUAAUCUAGGGCACAAAAGCUUGUACAAGGGUUUCAAAGCCACUUACUGCAAAUAAAAAUCAAUACAACUAUUUUUAUGGAAAAGCUGAACAGAUUCUACAACAACACCAUUGAAUUGUUUGGUGAUGAGGGAAAACCACUUAAAUGGCAGAGAUUAUGUAUUUCCGUGUCUUUCAAUGUCUCUUAGGAAAUCCUGGAGCUUUAAUGAUUGCACUGCCAGGAAAGGACCAUUUGCUGUCACUGCCACUCUGACAUUGUAAGCCGUAUAUACAUUCUUAUGAUAUGGAUAAAGAAACCAGUUUCAUCUUUAGGGUCUACAUUAUGUAGCUUAGAGAAACCCAGCUCCAACAGUGUGCCAAUGUCUAACAAAUAAGACUUGGGAAGAAAAUAGCAAAUCAGCAGUCAUAGGUGCAAACAAAAAGAUGACCAAUUAGUGCAACAUUGUGUGGCUGACUACAGGUGUGUAUGUACAGAAGUAUUGAGUAUGACUAUACAGCUGCCAUUAGUUGUUACAUGUGUAUAUGUGUGAGUGUAAUUGGGUGUCUUCUUUAUACAAACAGAAUAUAUACAUUUAUACAGUAUAUGUGUACUUGUGUAUGCACAUGCUACUUCUGCUCACCAGGGCGUUAUUUAGUAGGGUUUGAUCUGUUGAUUGUGUUUUUCAUUGAUCACCGUUGGCGGGUAUGCUAAUGUGCAUGUUUAUUGUGCUUUUUUCUUGUACAUCUCUUCCUCUGCGCAAACCAUAUCAGUAUUAUAUGUACAUUGUUGUGAUAAACCUUCUUUAUUUUUAUUUUAAUUUAUAAAAGGAUUAAAAAUUGAUUUUUCAAAGAA